GUUUGUUCGGAGGUUUCUUUUGGAGAAAAGCAAUUGUUGCGAGGAGCUGGGGAUUGUGGGUUGGCUUAGCGGUUGAGUGGAUUCUGCUCAGACAAAAUUGAUAAUUUUAUAAUUAGCCUAUAAAUAUUACUGUGUCAUUUUUCGAGACACCGUAGGUGUUAUCACUAUCGCUUUAAAUGAGAUUGUAAUGAGCACAGGCUCUGUUUGGUGGGUGGCCGUUUUGUUAAAUAUAUAUGCUCAGGCUUCUACAAUUUUGUCGUUUCUGUUUUUCAAUGAAUGUUUUUCCACAUUAAAAUAGUAUGACAAUGUAAACCAUGCUUAAAAUGUAACAAACGGAUAUUAAACGGGUCUCGUGCAGUGUAGAAAUGAUGCGCGUGUACGGUGGAAUCGCUAUGUAAUGAUGUCAUGUUUUUACACCUACAUCACUAAAGCUCCAGUGGAAAUGAUCCACUCCCCUAAAUCACAUACUUACUCGUGAGGCUGAACUUUAUCAUUAACCUUUACAUAAAUAUUUUUUCCUUCCGUUCUUUCUUUUUAAUCAGAGAGCAAAAUAUCAUAAAAUCGCAUUUGUUGAUAAUCCUCACACAAAUAGCUGCAUUGCAAUUGGUAUCUGGUAGAGAUCAAGCGACAUGUUUUUUAACAUUGCCCAUACCAGUUAUUUUUAACAUUCAAGUGUCAUAUAACCACUACGCAACAUCAGUUUUUGCAUAUUGCUUUAUUUUGAAAGAAUAAAGAUAAAAUUGUGAGACUACAACUGUAGAAUGUAACAUGCAUUAUGCAUUUUUAGCUUAAAAUGCUGUCAAGCAUUUCUGUAACAAUUCAUAGAUGUUCUAUAAAAUGAUGAAUAAUUACAAAAUGUUAAAUUAAUUUACCUGCCAUGCUAUUGUUGGGUGAUAUUGUUAUAAAUAGUUAUAUUGAAGAACUGAUAGAAAAGAAAACUGUUUAUUUAUUAUCUCUAGUAUUUGGUGUACUAUGGAUUUAUGUCAUGGUAUUAGUUAAAUGUAUGUGCUUAAGGGGAGACACUACAGGCAAAAACACUGUUUUUUCAGGCACUUGUCAAUUUUGAGAUUUUGCACUUUUUGGCUUUUCAUAAAGUGUUUUUUUCAGAAUGGUGGAAAGAAAACAUCCAAAAUACAUUUUUAAGUGUAUAUCUUAUAGCACUUUAUCUAUUUGCGUCUAUAGAUUUCAAUUACAGUAAAUAUCUUUAAAGGCUGUUUUCUCAAAAUGAGUUUUUUCUCCUGCUCUGAGUCAGAAAUCUCCACUUCAGCAGAACUUAUAUAUAACGUAUAUUUAAGUAUAUAAGGCCUCAUUUGCAUAUUAAAACAUAAAUUUACACGAAACUUGUAAUACAUUUUUUUCUUAUGUUUAUGCCAGUAAUAAACUGGAGAAGUUUCACAGUGAUAUCUUCUAAUUUAAAAAAAAAUCCCUAUUCACCUGUAGUGUCUCGCCUUAAUUCAAAGUUUCUUUUAGACUGCUGAUUAUUAAUAACUGUUUCAUUGAUUCAGCUGAUCAUUUAAGGUUUAGUCCCUGUCGCAUGGUACAUGCUUUCUGUCAUUUGCCAUAUGCAACCACAUUUCACAGCCUACUGAUCAAAGUACAAAUUCAGGGCUUCUCAGCAUACUUGCUAUUUUGGCCUGUUCUCUUCUUUUUCCCCCUCCCUUUUAUUAUCACGUUUCUUCACUGUUUCUUCUCAUUUUUAUCACUUUCCCUUAUUCAUUGUCACCCGCCACUGCAUUUCCUGUCUAUGCUCUAUACUCCUCUUUGUAUGUAAGUGCAUGCAGUGCAGUGUGUGUUUUUCAUGACAAGAAGCUGUCACCCUGUAUUCACUUCUCAUCCGGUGGGGCAGUUCAUUUGAAAACAGCACUGUUAAAGAGCGGCUGCCAGCGUGCCAUCGAGCCCAGGAGUGAUUGUGAUGUCCGGAUGACUAACUAAAGGACUUUUUGCCUUCUUUUUUUCACAGUUGUUUCCUUGAUGUGCCAUAAAUGUGCAGUCCUUGAUGCCGUGGGUAAGACAUGUCUGCUCAUCAGCUACACCACUAAUGCCUUCCCGGGAGAGUAUAUUCCCACAGUGUUUGACAACUACUCUGCCAAUGUUAUGGUGGAUGGGAAACCUGUCAACUUAGGCCUUUGGGAUACAGCAGGACAGGAGGACUAUGAUCGCCUUAGACCACUCUCAUACCCUCAAACGGAUGUGUUUUUAAUUUGCUUCUCACUGGUGAGCCCUGCUUCCUUUGAGAAUGUAAGAGCAAAGUGGUACCCUGAGGUUCGCCAUCACUGUCCAAACACCCCCAUCAUACUUGUGGGUACUAAACUUGAUCUGCGGGAUGACAAAGACACGAUUGAACGUCUACGGGAUAAGAAGCUAGCUCCAAUCACUUACCCGCAAGGACUUGCCAUGGCUAGAGAAAUUGGUGCUGUGAAGUAUCUGGAGUGCUCUGCUCUUACUCAGAGGGGUUUAAAAACCGUGUUUGAUGAGGCCAUCCGUGCUGUUUUGUGCCCUCCACCUGUAAAGAAGAGGGGCAAGAAAUGUACUGUAUUUUGAGAAACACCACAACUAAUUCCUUCAUUGAUAUGCCAUGUAAACAGCAGGUUCUUCCUCUUCUACUCUGCUGUUAUGAACAGAUAAAUCCAACUUGUGAGGUGAUGAACUGCAGAGACCUAUAUGUCCAUGGUAUCUAUAUCUGAUGUAACAGAUAUAUCAACAAAAAUAUGCCAAAUUUGCUUUGUUAUUAUUAAACUUUGCCUUAAAUUGUUGGUUUAAUAUGGAAAUAUGGUGGAAGAGAAUGAUAUAAGGCCAUGGCAUGUCUAUCAAAAUGAGUAAUUAGUUACUGAAGAACAAGCAUAGCUAACUGUAAAGUUUUGCCCUGUUGCAACAAAUGUUACUUUUUUCAGAGCUUUUCGUGUGGAAAUUGUGGCUAUUCAUAUUUUAUCUGCAGGUACUUUUCCAUUUUGGGAUCUGUGAAUGUGUCAGAAGAUAUUGUGAAUAGCUUUUGCGACUUAAAUGUGUGGCCAUAGUCAGUGCUCUCACUUGAGGGGUGACGGUAAAUACGUUUUUUUUUUUUUUUUUUUAAGUAUUUUACUUUCAGCUUUCAUUGCCUGUUAAACAUUUCAUACUGUACCUGUGUUUUACUGUGAAUGUACUGUAUGUGAUGAUUUGUUAAACAAUGACAGAAAUAUUACACACUGAAAUGUGUUUGCUUAUAAAAUACUGUUAAUAAAACUAAAACUAUAUAAAAUAAACUGUACUCAUACAAUUGGCUGUAAUGUUUACUGGACUACACAUUGCAACUUGCAAAAUCAUUUUGUAUAGGCUGUACGUCUUGUUUAAAAGUCAUUGUUUUGUCUUAUAUUUUUGCUAAACAUUUUCCUAUACAUGCUGAUGUUUGAAACACAAUGAAAUGUGCCAUUUCUGAUUUUUGUGCAGGGCUAACAUGUCAAAUUGUUGUAAGUGUUCAGAUAUUUCUUUGAAAUGUUCUUUUACCUCUAAAUGAUUAAUAUUUUAAUUUUGAGAUAAAAAUGUGUCUGUGUGUGCCAUUUGAGCAUUUAUGUUUUGUUAGUAUACAUUAGCAUUUGGCAUUUUUGUUUUUAUUGAACUAAUGACUGAAAAUUAAACCACUGGCACAUACAUCAUUUCAGUCCCCUUUCAGUUCUUGUAAAAUAAACCAGUAUGAGUGUGACAUCAUUUUGAAGGUA